AUGAAUUUGGCUCCGCCGGGCGCGAUCCUCGGCAACUUUACCAUUAACGCAGACCAGCUCCGGAGGCUAAAGGAGAUGGCCUCCUCCAAGUCCAAGUACUCCUUCCACUGCUCCACCAUCGCGGUGACCUACGCGUACGCGUGGGUUUGCCUCGUCAGAGCGCGAGGGUACCCCAAGGAAAAGCAUCUCUACUUGAAGUUCCCCGGAGACUGCCGGCGUCGGUUGCAGCCGCCGCUCCCGACGGAGUACUUCGGCAACUGCAUCGCCUGCUACUUCGUCGAGGCGAAGGCUGGCGACCUUGCGGGGGAAGACGGGUUUACGACGGCAGCACGACUCGUCGGUGAAACCAUCGAAAGGCUCAAACAUGAUCCGCUGGAGGGCAUGGAUAACUGGCCGGAGAAGUACCGGGAAAUCGAGAUGCAACAGCCUUUUAUCGCCGCCGGGUCGCCGACGUUCAAAGUUUACGACGUUGACUUCUUGUGGGGAAGGCCGGUGAAGGUGGGCGUCCCGUCGAUCGCAAGGAGAGGAGCCAUGUCUGUGUCAGAGAGCAGGGAUGCGGGCGGUGGAGUGGAGAUUGGUUUGGCGUUACCGAAGCAGGAGAUGGAUGAGUUUGGGGCUCAAUUUUCACUCUUGUGCGUAUAA